CAGGGAAAGGGAAUAGUGAGGCUGCCCCUGAUGGACCCCACAGGGAUCCUCAGACCUGCAGCCACUUCUUUCCUGCCCCCACCAAAACCCUUGACCCCUGUCUUGCAGCCCCCACAGUUUCCUGUUUGUCCAUUCUAUUUGCCCAGCCCCUGGGACAAAGCUGAUCCUUGAACUCUCAGUUCCACAUCGCCAGAGCCAGUGAGCAGUGACAGGGCUGUCUGGGCUUAUCAGCCUUGCAGCCCAGCCCCUGCCUAGAGACAUAAAAAGGCCAGGGGAGGGCUGGAUGCUCAGGGACCGGCUCAGGGACUUGCCUAAGAGCUCCGAAGAGGUCACCCGCGCCCUGCAGGAUGAAAGCCGUGGUGCUGGCCGUGGCUGUGCUCUUCCUGACUGCCCCAGGGAGCCAGGCUCGGCACUUCUGGCAGCGAGAUGAUCCCCAGACCUCAUGGGAUCGUGUGAGGGAUUUCGCCACUGUGUAUGUGGAUGCGGUCAAAGAGAGCGGCAGAGACUACGUGGCCCAGCUGGAAGCCUCCUUGGGGAAACACCUGAACCUGAAGCUCUUGGACAACUGGGACACCUUGAGUACCACCUUCAGUAAGCUGCGUUCAGAGCUUGGCCCGGUGACCCAGGAGUUCUGGGACAACCUGGAGAAAGACACAGAGUGGCUGAGGCAGGAGAUGAACAAGGAUCUGGUGGAGGUGAAGGAGAAGGUGCAGCCCUACCUGAAAAACUUCCAAGAGAAGGUACAGCUAGAGUUGGAGCACUACCGCAAGAAAGUGGAACCACUGGGCACUGAUCUGCGCGACGGUGCUCGCCAGAAGCUGCAGGAGCUGCAGGAGAAGUUGACCCCACUGGGCGAGGACCUCCGCGACCGUGCUCGCCAGCACGUGGAUGAGCUGCGCGCGCAGCUUGGGCCCUACAGCGACCAAAUGCGCCAGCGCCUGACCCAGCGGCUCGAGGCGCUCAAGGAUAGCGCCAGCCUUGCCGAGUACCAGGCCAAGGCCCAGGAGCACCUGAAAACGUUCAGCGAGAAGGCCAAGCCCGCGCUGGAGGACCUUCGGCUGGGCCUGCUGCCCGUGCUGGAGAGCUUGAAGGCCAGCUUCCUGAGCUCCAUCGACGAGGUCUCCAAGAAGCUCUCGGCCCAGUGAGGCGCCCUCUACCGCCACCACCUCCUGCCUCUCCCAGCGUUCAUUUUCUUAGAAUAAACGUUUCCAAAGUGGGAAA